UUCUUUGCGUCAGAUAAUUUUCGCAGACAACAGUCCGAAGUUGUUUAAGCCUCAGUACGAAGUCUCUUGAAAAGCGAACACCUGGGCAAAGCCACAGAAAGGUCAUUGGGAAUCCUCACUCUACCGGAAACAUACAAAUAAUACAGACACUCGAGCUCAAAGUGCCAUUGUACUAUACGGACACUUUUGUGAAAGAAAGGAUACAUUUGAUUGGCUGUGCUACUCAAUUUAUUCUACGAUUUAAAUAUACUCUGGGCGGUUCCUCCGGCAUACAUUGAGGAAACACUUUCAACUUGUGCAACCCAGCACCUGAGACCGACGAACACGCCGACUCACAACCCUCUCUGAGAGCCCAGAGAUUUGGCUAUAGAAAAGUAUAACACAGACAUUGGGCUAUAAAAAAACACAAUGCCUACGUCAACACCAGAGCUACGCUUCUCAACAAUUGAGGAGACAAUCGAGGCAUUCCGCCAAGGCCACUUCAUCAUAGUCCUCGACUCAGCAUCGCGCGAGAAUGAAGGCGACCUGAUCCUCGCGGCCGAGGACAUGACCACCAACAAGAUGGCAUUCAUGAUCCGGCAUAGCAGCGGCUACGUCUGCGCGCCCAUGUACGCGGACCGGACAUCCAAGCUCCAAUUACCCCAGAUGGUCCAGAACAACGCCGACCCGAACCAGACCGCCUACACCAUCACCGUGGACGCCGACCACCCCACCACCACAACGGGCAUCUCUGCGCACGACCGCGCCCUGACAUGUCGCGUGCUCGCCGACCCGGAAACCACUGUCAGCGCGCUUCGCCGACCAGGCCACGUCCUCCCGCUCCGCGCAUGCAAUGGCGGUGUCCGCGAGCGUCGCGGCCACACCGAGGCCGCAGUCGAGUUCUGCCGUCUGGCGGGCAAAAAGCCCGUCGGCGCCAUCUGCGAGCUCGUCAUCGAUGGCGAGCCCGUGCCGGGGGUGAAAGGCGAAAUGCAAGGCGCCGGAAUGAUGCGCCGGGACGAUUGUAUAGAGUUUGGCAAGAAAUGGGGCCUGCCCGUAUGCACGAUUGAAGAUCUUGUUGCCUAUGUUGAAAAGCACGAGGGGAAGCUAAAUCCCGUUAAUGGGAAUUAGUUUUGAUGGUACAUUGUUUUUUUGAGCAUUGUGUAGAUUUUUCCCCUUCUAUUAUUUUUUUACCUUGUUUUUUUUUUUUUUUUUAUUUU